CAAAGCAGGAAAUGCUGUAAAGUGAAUGUGGUCAUUUAAUUUAAAUCCACUUUUGUAUGUGUUCCUCAUAACCUCGUGUGCCUUCCUCUUUACCUCUAAAGUUAAGAUAUCAGAUGUAGUGUUAAAGAUAAAUAUAUUAUAUAAGAUAUUGAGAUGCCAAUUUUGUAUUGUGUAUGCAAUCAUAUUGUUCCAAUGUGUACUGUGUCUCUGGGUACGAUCUAUGUAAACAGUAAACAGUUGAAAACAUAAAUUGACGUCUAUUCAUUAAUUUAAAAAAUGUAAAUACUUGAAAUGCAAGUUGGUUUCUUUUUCUUUAACGCUGUACAUUUUGUAUUAAGUUUUUGUAUUAAUGUAUUUAAUAUGUACUAUUUACUUGGCUCGGGAUUCAAAGUUUUAAGUUUGAACUCUGACAAUAUGUUUCCAACUCUAAUACUUUCUUCCCACGUGGCCCUAAAGAGGAACUUCAAUAUAAAAAAGGACACUGUCAUUCUAAUGUGACACAAAGAGCGUUAUGCUUUAUGCUGUCUCAUAAAGCCACAGAACUGAGAGGCUGAUGCUGAGGUGAAACAGAUCCUCUCAGUCCUGCACUGAGCUGUGAACAUGGGGGAAGUGUUGGUGGUUUCUCUGCUGGUGUUGGCCUCUCUUCGCCCUGCUUCUACUGAGGAGAAGUUCAUCAAGGAAGGCGGUAGCGUGACGCUGGACCUGAGGCCUGCUCCUUCCGAUCCGAUCACCAUCAUCCAGUGGAAGUUUCAAGAUAGUAUUCUGGCAGAAUGGGUGGAAGAUGUGCUUCCUUUGGCCCAUAACAGAGAACACAUCAAACUGGACAUAGCCUCUGGACGUUUAGCUAUGGAGAAAAUGACCAAAGCUGAAGAGGGUGUGUAUUCAGUGGAGGUUAACCACCUAGUGCAAAAAGUGACAUACAACGUUAUGUUUAUCAAAGAUGUUCCCAAGCCGGACAUAUGGAUCGCCCCGCUGACAUGCAGCCAUGAAAGUGACCAAUGUACCCUGAGCUGUGAGGGGAACACCACCGGGGCUGAACCCAUCACUUACAGCUGGAAGACCGGGGAUGGAGAGUGGAAAGAGUCGAGGAGAGACAUGCCCAUCACUCAGGAAGACCAUGGACAUGUGAAGACCUUCACCUGCAAGAUGAAGAACCCAGUAAGUGAGGAAGAAAGUGAUCCACUUCCAAACAGACUCCUCAGAGAGAUGCCUCUGGAGAGUUCUGGAGUAAGAUAUGAAGCUGUGUUGAUCAAAGAAGUUCUGAAUCCGGCCGGGUCCUCGUGGGGCUGCUGGAGGCUGGGAGCCGGGCCUUGGACUGAGUGGAGGCAGCUUCAUCUGGACGUCCUGCUCAGGGAUCCAGAGCAACGUGGAAGAGGGUUCUGGUGCAGGAUGGAGGUCCCCGGACCCCCGUGGGGAAGAAAGAGCAGCCCGCAUGAUUCUGUUCCUCCCUGCAGACUCUGGAUCAAAGUGUUGGGCGCUGUGAUGAGAUCCCUGGCUCUCCUCGCCCUGCUGGGGGUCGUGGUGUUCGCGGUGUGGAGGAGCAGAGAGACUCUCAGGAGACUGAUGUGUCCGUGUCAGAGCAGAGAGAGGGAUUAUGAAAAUGAAGCUUAA